CCCUGGGAGCGGUGUCGAUUGGCCAGCCCCACAUCCAUUCUGAAGUCGCCGGGGCUAGGGCCAGUAAGAGCAGGCCUGGAGUUGAAGACCGAUUUUGUGGGUCCAUCCCUGCCCUUUCCGUUAACAGAAUGAGGGUCAGUAAUCCAGGAGCAGCGUGUCUGAAGCAGGCUGUUCCCAUGACAGCUCGACGCCGCAGGUGGAAACGCAAGGCCAUGUUGGUGCUGACUGAUGUGUCUGGGGCCAAGCAGCUGAGUGUGCUUACACGCCGCUGCUGCCUCCUUGCACCCUGUCGCCGGGGAGUGAAGAGACCACGCCACAGACAGAGCACAAAGAAUGCUGCAACCUGGGAAGAUGCGGAGGAGGUGGACAAGGAAGACGAGAUUAUGCGAUCAAGGGCCACUGAACAAGACGAAGAGCAAGAGGAGGAGGAAGAAAAUAAUACUGAGUCCCCUCUUUGUAAUACAGGGGGAAAAAUUAAUGGUUCGCUUAAAAGCAGGAGUCAAAAAAAUCUGGCCUGCACAGCUGCAGAGACUGAUGGAGAAGCAGUGUAUCAGCAUUUGUAUGCAGACUCGUUUGCCCUUAAUGGGAUUCUCAACAGUGAAUCGUCUCAAGAUUUCAUUGAUGAUGAUGCUGUUUCCUCUGGAGCAGGUACAAGGCUGUGUCUCACUGCCGUAAACAUCGGGAACGAGCAGAGCAUCGUCCUCAUGUCCCCGUUACAGAAGUUGACGUUUCGAGGAAGGUGUCGCAUGACUUGUCUGUACGGGAGUGUCCAAGUGUUAGGAUUUACAAUUGGACAGGGACAGCCCGCAUAUUGCCUGUACUCCUUACCAACACACGCUGCCCUGAACAUCGAGGCACUGCCUCACUGUAAACCAGGUCGUACUAAGCGAGAGAUGAAAAUGGAGGUGAAGGCAGUUUUCCGACAGCACGUACCGGCAGCUUCAAGACAUAGUUUGAUGAAGGAGGUGACCUCGUCGUGCUCGGUUCUGCUAUUCGAGCGUCUCGACACCCCAGGCACUGUUUUUCUCUCUAGCUUCCCAGAAUACAGGGAAGUCUUUGCUUCACGUUCAAAAAAGAUGAGUUCUGGAAAACUUCCAUUCCUUGAAUGCUCAGCUUUGACCUCUAUUGGGAUGGUUCCUCUUCCUGAUGAUCAGGGGGUAACUAUGUCAGAGAGCUGGAUGACCACUGUGCAGGAACUCUUAAAGACAUGUCUGGAAGAUGACGACGGAUGUCCCAUCAUCCUGGUAUGUGGAAGGAAGAAUAUUGGGAAGUCAACCUUCAAUAGAUAUCUCCUGAAUUCGCUUUUAAACCAUGUUCCAUGCGUGGAGUUUCUGGAGCUUGAUUUGGGUCAGACAGAGUUCAGUCCCCCUGGCUGCAUGGCCCUACACUUGGUGACUGAGCCAGUUCUCAGCCCUCCUUACAUGCACCAGUGUGAGCCCCAUAAGAUGGUGUAUUAUGGUGAUGUGUCCUGUGAGCGGGACUUGGAUCGAUAUGUGGAAACUGCAAAGUAUCUAUAUGCGGGAUACAAGAAGGAAUCACCAUUGGUCAUAAACACUAUGGGCUGGGUCAAAGGAUUUGGUUUGUCAAUUUUGGUUGACCUGAUUCGGCUCUUGGCCCCAACACAUGUGGUGCAGCUUGGUAGUGCCGAGAGGAACCAGGACCCUGUGGCUCUCACACCUGAGUUCAUGCAGACAGCAGCUGGCUGGCAAACCAAGGGAAAACACCACAUUCAGCAAAAGCCUGUGGAUUUCAGGAUUCCCUUGAGCUCAUUGUCAGAGGAGGAGGAACAGGAGGAACAUCUGAACCUGCACGGAGGAUUCCAGGGGCACAGGCUGAUGCGUGUUCAAUCUGAGUUUCCUGGAGUGGAAGAUGGAAGCUGUUUGAAGUCCCGCAGUAAUGUGCUGAGAGAUUUGGCUCUUUUGAGUUGUUUCAGCCAACUGCAGCCAUUGGACACUGGGUGCCCUUUGUCCUUGCACAGCAUGCUACCCUAUCAGGUGCCAUUUAGUGCAGUAGCUCUGCAUGUGUUACACUGUGAUGUGACUCCUACCCACAUUUUGUACGUAGCCAAUGCCAGUUUAGUUGGACUAUGCAGAAUACCAAAUGGUGUCAGCUCCCAGGCAGACGGGCCUGUGUUGCUCCCACAGGCUCCAAUAUGUGACUGUUUUGGUGUCGGAAUUAUUCGUGGGAUUAACCUGGAAAAGAAAUUGUACUACAUACUGACCCCGGUUCCUGUGGCAAGACUGAAACAGGUUAACUGCUUGCUGAUGGGGGCAAUUACCACACCCCAUUCACUCUUCAGGAACCAGCCUGGAGUGAUAGGAGAGGUGCCGUACUUAACGUCUGACUAUUCCUUCGAUAUUUCUGGAGCUGGAAAAAUUAAAGUUGGUAAACAGCUGAGGAGGCGGGAGCAGUUUAACGCUGUGUCAUAAUGGGGAGAACAACUGCUCAUGCUUAAAUAAUGGGGGGGAUAUAUGGGCAACAUUUGGUAACGUGGGCUAAUUGGCACUGUGCCUUAUUGCAGCAUUUAGGAUUUAAAAAUGAGGGUUUUGAGGGGUGAAGUGUUAAGGGUGUACAGACACUUGUUUGUUUUGGCCCCGUUUCCCCUACUCUUUCUCAAACCUCUGACUGUCACUCAGUCCAUGCUUGAAUGGGGAAAUCUUUGUUUUAAAGUUAGGCACUGAGCAUUUGUUGUAAAUAAAGGAUUACGCGGUAUCCCA